ACGUCCAUUGAGAAAGUCUUACCAUCAGAAUUGCAACACACUUGAAAUCGGCGCAUUGCGCACUGCAAGAUGAUGGAAUUUUGCACUUUCCGACAAAAUAUACGGAACUUUCACGAUGCUUUUGAGAUGACGUGAUCGUCCGCUGGCUGGCAAGUACAAUUCAGUGUGCCUACUUGUAGAAUCUCUUGCUCCAAAAGCAAGAAACUAAAAAAAAAUUUGGACGCUGAGAGCACAGCAUGAGCGCUCGUCAGCGCAAUCGGGCCGAGGUCCUGUGCCGGACCUGCGGCCAGGUCCACGAGCCCCACGCCAACCACCUGUACGACUACUGUGAGAGCGUGGACGAGGAGCUGACGUGCAACAUCUGCCUGCAGCCGCUGGUCUCCCCGACGGACACCAUCUGCGGCCACACCUUCUGUGUCCGGUGUAUCCGCAGCACGGUCCGCAUCCAUAAGAUGUGCCCUGUCGACCGCAAGCCCCUGACCAGCCAAGACUGCCGGCCGUCCAGCUUCAUCGUUAAGAGAAUGUUGGACAGAUUGCUGGUAGUCUGCCCGAACACCAGCUACUGCAGCGCCACCAUGCCGCGGUGCGACCUGGAGCCCCACCUGACCAGCCGUUGCCCCGGCAACGCGGCGCACUGCGUCAAUGAGCCCCAGGGCUGUACGUGGCAUGGCCCGGCCGAGGCUAAGGAGAAUCACGUCUGGGAGUGUCCCUACAGAUCCAGGCCAGUUCCAGUGGGAGUCCCGAUAAAAGACGGCACGCUGACCACGAUAGAGAUCACAAGAAGGAGAGACGAGGAGCUGGGGAUAAGUAUCGUAGGGGGCAACGAAACACCACUGAUUGGCAUAAUCGUCCAAGAAGUAACCGAUGGCGGCAUAAUAGCCAGAGACGGAAGGAUAGCGGCCGGCGAUCAGAUUGUUCAAGUUAACGACGUUGACCUGAAAGACGUCAGCCACCAGGUUGCUCGCAUGGCGCUCCAUCGGUGCCGCUCCCCGGUCCAUCUGACUGUGUACAGGGAGAAAGCGGAGAACACCAGCCAGACAGAGACCUACAAGAUCGGUCUGAACAAAGUGCCUGGGGUGCCCCUGGGCAUCAAGAUCGCUGCCAGAAGAAACGAUCCUGGCGUGUACGUCGUGGAAGUGCUCGAGGACAGCGUAGCUUGGAGGGACCGACGUCUCAAAGCGGACGACCGCGUCAUUGAGGUGAACGGACAGGACCUGCGGCAAGCCACGCCGGACAGAGCCGCACAGAGUAUCAAGGAUGCCGGCGACAGAAUACGAUUGGUCGUCGUCCGUACCGUGAGACCCUCACCGGAGACCCAGGACGCCGAGUCCCUCCAUGUCCAAGACUUUCUCAACGACUUCCCAUCGGAGGCCAUCGCCGUCUCCAGGGAGUCUGCGGCCCUCCACACCAGGCAGGAGAAACUCAUCAACAUCAAGAAGGGCAGCAAAGAGAGCCUAGGCAUCAGCGUCAGUGGAGGCCGGGGAGGACCACGGGGCGACGUGCCGGUCUUCGUCACCAACGUCCAGGCUGAUGGCUGUGUCGGUAGACAGGGCCAACUCAAGAAAGGAGACAUCAUCCUGACAGUCAAUGGCACUAGCCUCUGGAACCUGUCCCACACCGACGCAGUCAGCGUCCUGAAGGCCAACGCCAACUCCAAAGCAAUCGUACUCAAAGUACUGGAGGGAGACAGGGCGCUAGACGGCUCCACCCGGUACUCACCGUCAUGGCUGACGUGGUUAACGCUUCCUCAAUUUUGUCAAAUCCAAAGCAAAGUCAUCCUGGAUAAGGAAUCCUCUCCCAGCCUCGGUUUCAGCGUCGUCGGGGGCUGUGACUGUACCCAUGGCAACCAACCAAUCUUCGUCAAGACGCUAGUCCCCAACGGCGCGGCCGGACGCAGCGGGCAGCUCAAGUGUGGGGAUCAGUUACUGAAGGUGAACAACGAGUCACUGCUCAACAUCAACCACACGAGGGCGGUCUCCAUCCUGAAAGCCAUGCCGGGGAAGGUGCAACUGACUGUCGUGUCCUGGCCGGGCACUGCUGUCUGACCCUUGCCCUCUGACCUCUGCGGAACCUCCCGCACACAAUUACUGCAGUAAUUUGGGACACAUAGAGUGUACUUGGUCAACGUUUUGUUUUCACAGAGAUUAAACCCUUUAGUCACUAUAGUGCUUUAAAUUUGUGGUCUGCAGGUAUUUAAUUCUGCAGGUUGUGGGUUCGAGUCCACCCUGGGGUCAUGGUGCGUGUGUCCUUGGGCAAGGCACUUUGUCAAUCAUUGCUUCUCCCCACCCAGAAGUAAAUGGGUACCUGUGAGGGCAG